UAUUGCAUGAUUUUAUUGUUACAUUUUAAUGUUUUUUUAGUGCUCACGCCUGUGUGAGUUCAUGGCCUUGAAGGACACUGGCAUCAGACAAUUAGGACAGGCCUCUAUCAGCCAGAGGACUAAAAGGGGUUUGGUGGGAGGGAUGAGAGACAAUAGGAGAUGCUGGAGAAAGAGUGGAGAGGCAAAGCAGGCUAUGUAUAUGUCCCAGCCUUUGUAAUGCUACAGACAGAAGUUUGAAACAGCUGGCAGUUCCAGAACGUCAGCUGCAGGUGGAGUAUAGACUCCUGCACGAUGUCUGUGAGUACUGCUCCACUAAAGUAAAUCAAGUGACUGUCAGUUGUUUUCCAAGGUUGGGGUGCAGCACUUGGCAAGGUGGCAAGUAGAUUGGUGUGUUUCUACUGUACUUGAGCACUCAAAGCACUUUAAAGAACAGGCUUCAUGGAAAUAUGAAGGAUGUUGUUUACACAGAAAUAUAACCCAGUGUAUACAAUUGUCUUCGAAUGCCUCGAAUCUGCCCAGUAGUACCGACUUCCUCAUACUCAAGCUGAAGAGUUUUGAAAUAGAAAGUACAGUCAAAGUUCACUGGAAAUGUAAGUGUCAGUGGGCAUGUUUCAUCCAAGCUGAAUCAUGGCAUGUUUCAACAUUUGCAAGUUUCCCAACAAUGAGAAAUUCAAAAGAUCAUGAGAUCUCUCAAUAUGAAAGUGUUGUCAGUUAAGUUCAUUUGUUACUGCCCACUGUGGUGAACAGUUCUGUGAGACCAGAUUAUUCACAUUGUUUGGUGACUUUUUAUUGCUUUAAUUUCAAUAUACCCAGAUUUUCCAACUAUGAUGUGUCCGGUUAACUUUAGGCAAAAUCUACAGUAAAGAGAAGUACUGAGGUAUUUGAAAUCAUGUUAGAACAGCGAUACAAAGAUAAGUUAUCACUGGGCUGGGCUUAAAAUGGGCUUAAUGAUGUAAGUAUUACGCUCGUAUAAAUCAUUGUGCAACAAAUCUGAACAAGCUUUCGGGAACUAGACUCAGACUAAGCAGUUCAUUGUAAAAUAACUUGUUUCGCUUCCCAGGCUGUUGUUCUCAUUGGUUCCCAUCAGUUUGAUCGACUCUUUUCGCUAAGUUGCUAAUACGAGUUCAAUCUCCUUGCUUCAGGUAUGUACCUUUCAGUCUUUUCAACAUUUAAAUUUUUUAACUUUAACUUUUUUUAACAAAUUCCAAGAAGUAGAAAAGAUCAUUGUUAAUUUACAUCUUACCAGAUCCAAAUUUACUGGACUGUGUCAAUGGCAAUUUUAAUGUGAUUUAUAUGAAAUAACAUUAAGCUAUAGAAAUAUAUAUAUUUCUAUAGCAAAAUCAAUAAAGACAAUACAAUAAAUUAUAUAAGCAAACAAUUACAAUAUUAUGUGACUAAAAACAAACUGAAAUAAAGAGACCACAACAUAAAAAACCCCUGAUAAGACUCAACAUGAACUUAAAUUAAAAGCCAAGGUAAAAAAUGUGGUUUUCAGACAGGAUUUAAAGACUGACUCUGCAGUAGGAAUAUCAAGUGGUUAUACGAGAGUCUAGUGGAUCCAACUCUCUAUGCUUAAAUCGAGACCUUGGCUACACUAAAACAUCUGGGCAGAUGAUCUUGGUGCUCUUCUCGGAUCAUGUAAUUUGAGCAGUUUGGUUUAAAAGCUGGGCACCAUAGCAUUUAAAGAUUUGAAAUCUGUAGAAGAAGAGGACAAAAAAUGGAGUACAGAAGAGAAGUGCUUGUUGUUGCAAUAAUUUUCACAGUUGCCUGCAGCAAAGUGACCACACAGGAAACAAGACUACUGGAUUUUCUAAAUAACACAGAUGUUGUAGAUGACCAGUAUGAUGGAUGCCGUGAUGAGGCCAUGAAGAAGUUCAUCGAGUCAGACGUGUUAAAACAAGAACUAAAUAACAGUGAAGGAUUUCAGAAAGCGUGGAAUAAAAGUAUCGAGUGCUCAAAGCAGAUCCCUGGAGGAAGAAAAGAGCAUACUGCUGCACUUUCAGUCUAUCUUAAAGGAGAUCGGCCUUUCAUACAAACACUGAACAAAGCAAUAGAGACAAUGGGUGGAAAUGUUAGCAUCUAUGAAAACCACUUCCACUUCAAGUCUCUUCAUUUCCUGCUGAUGGACUCCAUGAGGCUGCUGAAGCCAAAGGACUGCAAGAACUUUUAUGUUUUUCAAGAUGGUCAAAACAAACCACAGAAAGGCUCCACAGUGAGAUUUACAAGUUUCACCUUAGCUUAUUCAAACUAUGAAGAGCUAAAGAGUUUUGAAGAUGUCGAUGAAAAUACGAUUUUACAUCUCACUUCUUGUUUCUUUGUCAACCUGAAAGACUAUGUGUGCGGUCAAGAACAGGAUGAAAUACUCUUAUCUCCAGCAGAAGUUUUCACUGUGGAACAAAUGGAAACAAAAACUACAUCGGAUGGUGACGAAUACCUCGAGAUUGUUUUAAACCACUCAGGACUGAACAGCUCACACAACUGUUACAUCUUUCCACAGAUGUCAGGAGGGCAGGAGACUACCACAGCUGUCACAGAGCAAGUCAGUGUUCCAGGAGGGCAGGAGACUACCACAGUAAUCACAGACCGAAACAGUGUUCCAGGAGGGCAGGAGACUGCCACAGUUGUCACAGACCGAAAUAGGUCUCCUCCAGCUGUUGUCUCCACCCUGUGGCUUGUAUCGGUGCUUGUGGUCGUAGCUUUGUUUUCUUUAGCUGUUUAGCAAAAACAGUUAUCAUUCAGAGUUUCAGAGUUUUAUCAUCUACAGUAUUGCUGUGAUUCUUCAUACAAUUAUUUGACACGUUAUCUGACUGAUUGUGUUGAAUUAGUUGCAGUAAUUUUCUGCUUCUAUCAUAUGUUAUGAAAUAUAGACUGCAUGACUUCAGAAUAUUUGAUAAAGAUUUUAAAGGAGUGCAGAAAAUUGGUGUAAAAUACGCUGUGUUCAUAUUUCAAGCUCACGUGCAACUGCAGUCUUUAGUGUACAACUCAAAAACUAAAAUACUAUAGAAAAGUAUUUUUUACUAUAUAUGUUGCUACAGUAAACUACACUUGAAGACAUCUAACUACGGUGGCCCUGAAAGGCCAAACGGACUGCAACUUCAGAAAACACUUGCAAAAAGAAAAAUGCUGCAAAAAGAAAAAUGCUGCAAAAAGAAAAACACCUCCAAAAAGAAAAACACCUGCAAAAAGAAAAACGCUGCAAAAAGAAAAACACCUGCAAAAAGAAAAACACUGCAAAAGCACACAAAGCACAACGGAAAUGUUUCUGGGGAGACAAUAACCCGACGGACCAGUUGCACGAACCAAAACAUGUAUGUAUGGCUGUAUUCCAAUUCAGGGUCUGCAGCCUUAAAGUACGCAGCCUUAAUGGUCCUCAAGGGCUGCGUACUCAAAGACCGCUAAGGCCGGAAGUGCGGGGCUUGUAGGCUUGUGAAAUGGGACAGUCUAGCC